CAGCUUCAUCCGUCUGAUAAAGCCAUAUCACUCGAUGGUCAAGAUUUUUCCAUGCACAACAAAUAGUACAAGUGCAUCUCAAGUUGAGCGUUAUCUCAAAGACUCCCGCCUUGCGCUCUCCUUCCUUACCUACCUUAGGCAUAGCCUUGAGGCUUGAACAACCUGGACAGAAUGGCGAAUUCUCUCCCAUCGUUUAGUUCGCUGCUUCUAGUGACACUUGUUGUGCUGCUUGUUCUUCCCUCGCCCACUCAUGCUUUUGGGGCAGGUAACGUUCCUUCAAUUUCUCAGGUCGAAGGCCAGAAUUUUCGCCAUGGAGACAUUGAGGACAUGCUCAAAACUAUUGCCUUCAUCAAGGGGCACAAAUGGACAUCCAUGAUGAUCAAGAGGGUGUAUUUUGGAAAUUGGUUGCGGGACUAUUCUCAAGCUGUUGAUGUUGGAAGCUUGAAGGGUGUGAAUGCCCCUACUAUCCGGAUUUUGGUCUGGGUCUUAAGCUUCCUAUCUUUUGGCUAUGCCACAGCCGAGUUUGAAGUCACCGAAGAACGAUUGGGUGUCUAUAGACCAGAAGAACACAUUGACAAUCCUAAAGGUUACGCAGAUGGUAAGGACGCUAGGCAAUAUGAUCCUCGUCUCAGAGGGCCUGUUCAGCAGAUCGAGCUUGAGGUGGACCCAAACACCGGCAUGAAAAACUACAUUGCCAACGAGGGCGGCGGCUGGGCAACCAGUGCAGGCUACAUAAGGUUUAGCUUUUCCAGAAGCAUCCACUUUGGAAGGCUCUAUACUAGUGGAGCAGGUCACACCAAGGGAAGAGAAGCUGAUCUUUGUGAGGCGUUACGGUGCCUGGGCCAAGGACUCCAUUGCUUGGAGGAUUUCGGGGCUCACACGAACUACUGUGAGCUGGCUCUCCGUGAGCUUGGCUACCUUGGUGUUUUUCCGCAUACAGGAAUUGCGACCGAGAUGGAUAUCAGAGGCCGUCGCAUUUUCCCCCUCGUCACAGGAACCUUUGGAGGCGUGGACUUUCUACACUCUGUUCUCGGGGAGGCAACGGAUCACCUGACACAAUCAGAGGUUGAAGAGAUGGAUGUAGCUCUCAAAGCAGCCGAAAAUGCUCAAUCAGGUUCAGGUCAGCGUGGAUUAUUUGACGGCCAACAAGAUUUUGCAAAUCUCAUAUCUCAAAUUCCGGGCAUGGGCAGUGGACUUGCUCAGACUGCUAGGGAUUUGCAAGCUCGGUCCAAGGCUCAAGAGUAUGAGAAUUCCACAGCACAAGCACAAGCCAGCGUUAACACAAGCUUCAUGGGUCCACCUGGCUCGGCAGAAGGCAUGGCAGGCCCAGGUGUUCCUGGCAUGAGCCCCAACUUUGAUCCAAUCAAGACUGCAAAGCAAAUCUACCCAAUUCUCGAGUUCAGAGAUAAGGUCGUCAAAGCAAUCAGCGCAACUAUUGCCAAGAUCCCUGGGCUAGAGCCGUUAAUCGAAAAGAUUAGCGAAACUUUGACUAUGUUCGUCAUGUCCCUUCUUGCCCCAUUCAUUCGGCCCAUAAUCGAAGCCGUCUCUAGUGCUCUAAAGAAGGGAUCAUCAGGCGUUGUGGAGGCGAGUUCUCAUCAGCAAUUCGAACCUUGGAAUGAUCCACACUGCACAGAUCCCACCCAUUCAAUGUUGUCCAAGGACCAUUUUUCGAAUAUAUUAAAUUCAGUUGCAGGCAGAGUUGCAACUACCAUCAUACAAUACGUUACUCCCCGAAUUCUGUAUGCCUGGGAAAACCCAGGGGUUCCAGUUGAGGAGGUAAUGAACGAUAUUGUUCGUGUUUUCCAUCACCCAGCUCUGCGGGAUGAGAGCAUCGAGAUCCAUCGCAACAUGUUCAACACUGUCAGGAGAUGGGUGGAUGAGAGACCAGAUCGCCACAACUUGAACAACGUUCUAGGCUCUGCAUCUGUCAAGGCUGGCCAUAACCACAUCGGCGGCGGCUUGAAGGAUGUCCACGAUCACGGUUCGCUCGGUGGUCAUGGAAAGACAACAGGAUCAAUCUGGUCCGAAAUCAAAAGCCGAGAUUUCGCUGCUAUGGAAGGAAACGACGGAAACCCACAAGCUUCGUACUUGAGCCCAUCCCCUCAACCCGGAUCACCAGGGAGACCGCCCCAGUCCCCUAACUACGGAUACCAAAAUCACCCAGCCCGACCCGACAGCUCCAAUCAUUCUCAUCCCGGUCAUUUGAGUCCCAGUCCUUCGCAUGGAGGCUACGCGGGCGGUCCACCUCCACCGCCAAGCUAUCAAUCAGACUACGGCGGACCUCAACAGCCACCAUAUGGCAUAACUCCACAACAAGCCCCUUAUCCUUACGCCCAGCAGCCUCCAUACGGUGGUCCGGGCCCCUACCAAGGCGGCUAUGAGCAAAGACCUCCCGAAGGAUGGGGUCAAGGACCAUCAGGUUAUCAGAGCGGUCCGCCUCAGCCUUCUUACCCAGCACAGCCGCCAUAUGGCGCUUACCAGACAGGCCCACCCCCUCCACAACCGCCUUACGGGGGCCAACCACCUUAUGGAGGCUAUCAAUACCCGCCUGGAGGAGGCUACGGUUAUUAGAAAUUUCUUUUCCUUUUCGUCGUCUUCUAUUUAUCUCUAUACCUUGGAAGGAAAGAAGGAACAUUUCACGGACACGGGAUUAUCCCAUACGUAGUAUUAUGAAAUAAAAAAACAGUAGUUAGUUGCCAACAGAUAGGCAAAUUGCUGAUAGGCUAGGCUAAACAUGAAAUGAGAAACGAAG